UGCGCAGUAGCCCUCUCAGUAGUGCGUUAGCUCGUAGCCGUUAGCAGCACUAGCAGGACGUGGCAGCAGAGAACAGAGACUAUAAACAUGGAGAUAGCAGCUCUGUUCGCUUUGACUCUGCUGCUGGGAGCUCUGGUGGUUCUGGUCGCCUUAGCGGUGGGUCGACGGAAAGAAGAACUGAGAGAGGAGAUAGAGCAGGCGGCGGAGUUCAACGCUGAAGGCAGUAAUACGAAGGGCCUUGCAUCCAAGAAACCGAAGCAGGAGAAGCAGCGCAGCCGGAAGGAUAAAGCUACGCAGCACACAUUCAGUCACCAGCUGUUGGCCGCCUCACUGAAGAGCCACAGUGCCAACGUAACGUGCCUGGAUUUCAGCAGCAACGGGAAGUACCUGGCGUCCUGCGCUGACGACCGCACCGUCCGCAUCUGGAGCACCAAAGAUUUCCUGGAACGGGAACACAAGUGUCUGAGGGCCAAUGUGGAUCUGGAUCACGCCACGCUAGUCCGCUUCAGCCCGGACUCCAGGGCGUUUAUCACCUGGUUGGCCAACGGAGAUACCAUCCGAAUCUUUAAAAUGAUCAAAAAGGAGGACGGCACUCUGACCUUCAAAGCUGCUCCUGAGGACUUCCCCCAGAAACACAAGGCCGCCAUCACCAAUAUUGGAAUCGCAGAGACAGGCAAGUUCAUCAUGAGCGCCUCCAUCGACACCUGCAUCCACAUCUGGGACCUGAAAGGAGAGCUGCUGGCCUCCAUCAACACCAACCAGAACACCAAUUCUUAUGCUGCCGUCUCCCCGUGUGGCAGGUUUGUAGCAUCGUGCGGCUUCACUCCUGACGUGAAGGUGUGGGAGGUUUGCUUCGGGAAGGGAGGAGAGUUCAAAGAGGUGGCGCGAGCUUUUGACCUGAAGGGCCACUCUGCAGGAGUUCACGCAUUCGCCUUCUCCAAUGACUCUCACAGGAUGGUGACCGUCUCUAAAGACGGUACGUGGAAGCUGUGGAACACAAAUGUGGAGUACAAAAAGCAGCAGGACCCCUACCUGCUGAAGACGGUCCCCUGCACGUCGUCUGAAGGUAGCCGUGCAGCGUUGUCUCCAGACGGCCGGGUGGUGGCCAUCAGCGACGGCUGUAACCUGGCCAUGUACAACGCCGCCAGCGGCCAGCUGGAGGAGGAGCUGCAUGGCGUCCACAGCGAGGAGAUCAACGACCUCAGAUUUGACAUUAACGGGCGCUUUCUGGCGUGUAGCGGCGACAAGGCCAUCCGAGUGUUUCACAACGCCCCGGGCUACCGGGCGGCCAUCAGAGACAUGCAGGACAUGCUGAAGAAGGCCCAGAACGAGGCCAUGAAGCAGAGACUGCAGCAGCAGAUCAGAGAGGCUCAGAGCACCCUGGACACGGUGCUGGCUGCUGCUCCCAGAGACUGAACGAGACCCAACAAACUACAAACUACACUCUCAACCUGAUCCUGUCUGACUACUCAUCUGUUUUACAACCUCAACUCACCGUCUGCCACUAAAUGACCUGCUCCGCAAAUAAAAAUCUGCAUGCAGUUUUAAUAAAGAACAUCUUUUUAUGGAAAAAUUAAA